CGUGAACAUCAGAGGUCCCUGGUUUGGCGUAGAAAUUAUAUGGUAAAAUGCCGUUCACGCAGAGAUCAAGGGUGACAAAUGUGAAGAGUCAUAAGUGAAGGAACUCUGAUCCACCAUGGGAAACACGCCAUCAAAAAGUGUCAGUGGAGACGAACCGGUCAAAACAACUUUAUUUGAAAGGGAGCCAAGUGGGAUAAUAUACAGAAUUCCUGCUCUUCUUUACCUGAGGCAGAGUCACACCUUCCUCGCCUUUGCAGAGAAAAGAUCCUCGCCCUGUGACCAUGAUGCAAAAGUUCUUGUUAUGAGAAGAGGAACAUUGAGGGAUGAUGGACAUGUUCAGUGGUCGUCCAGUCAGGAGCUGUCAACAGCAUGUCUACCAAACCACCGCACCAUGAAUCCUUGCCCUGUGUAUGAAAAAAACACUAAAACAUUGUUUUUAUUUUUCAUCUGCAUCUUGGGAAACACUACAGAGUUCAGGCAGAUCUUCACAGGGAAGAACAAGGCGCGUCUUUGUUAUGUUAGCAGCAAUGAUGAUGGCCAGACCUGGAGCCAAGUGACAGACUUAACAGAGAGUGUGAUAGGUGACACUAUCCACAAGUGGGCCACUUUCGCUGUGGGUCCAGGCCAUGGUGUCCAGCUGGAGAACGGAAGAUUGAUCAUACCAGCCUAUGCCUAUUAUGUCCCUUACAGAUGCUGUUCCUUCCCUAUUCCUUUUACAGUCUACCCACGGGCUCUGUCAGUAUUUAGUGAGGACUUUGGUCAGACAUGGCGUAUAGGUAAGAUGCUUCGAAAGAAGUCAUGUGAAUGUGAGAUGGCGGAGAUCAUAGAUCAUGAGGGCAGGAGCCACCUUUACUGCAACGCUCGUAACUCCAGAGGCCACAGGUGUGAGGCUCUGAGUGAAAAUAGCGGCGUCUACUUUGACAAGCCCCAUGUGGCUCCAGAGCUCAUCGAGCAACCACCUUCCGGCUGCCAGGGCAGCGUGAUUGGAUUUCCCGCUCCUGAAUUUGUCCCGAAUGAUGACGCUGAGAGCAAAGCGUGUGGCACAUCUCUCUUGUCUCCAGACACACAAACCUGGCUCCUCUUCAUGCACCCAACUAACAAAUCUAGUAGAAAGGACAUGGGCGUGUAUUUGAACCGCUCCCCCCUGCACUCGUCUGGAUGGGACAGGCCCAGGAUUGUCCACAGCGGACCCAGUGGCUACUCAGACCUGGCUUACAACGGGGACAAGGAUCAGUUUUCGUGCCUGAUGGAGUGUGGGAAAGAGAGUGAACUUGAGCAGAUUGCGUUUAUGUCGUUUAGCCUCAAUGAUGUCAUGCAGACGGGCAAGAAAGACAAGAAGAUGCGCUGAAUUGUGGUUGUUUUAUUUCUGUAUUUAAAGCUCUAACAUUCUCCUGCAACCUAAAAAUCCAAGAAAAAGCCGCUAAAUAUGCUGUGCAGUAACAUCUGUCUGUGUUUACUGUUGUUCUACAGUCUGGAGAUGAUGAUGCAUGCAUUAACCGUGUGUUUUGUUGUCUCCUUGUUUACAUGGGGGGAAAAGUAAUUCAAGUCUUAAUAGUAUUAUUAUGCAACCGGCUGUAUAAGGAAGGAAACUUUUUACGGUAAUUGGGUGGAUGAUUUAAGCAUGCUGGACUGUCAUUUUUAAAACAGGCUUUGUGUGUUGCAUGUUUGAUAAGUAUCUGCAUCUUAUGGAACUCUCAGUCAUUUCUGAGCAGUGCAGAAAGUUUGCCUACCUCUUUUUAUUUUCAUAUGACGAUCAUUGUAAAAGUAGAGCGUAGAGUUUCCUCCAUGCUCAGACUUUCCUUUGCAUUUACUGUACUCUGGUUCACAUAUGCCUUCUACUCCACUGUUGAAACUUAAGCUGUGCCACACAGCCUGCCAGGGCACAACCUCCUCUGUGGUAUCAGAUUCAGCCAAAGCCGGCGACAAAACCGGACAGAAAAGUUAAAUGUUUGAUAUUUAUUUGCCACAUCCAGCUAAUCAAUGAAGAGACCAAUCGAACUGUAUCAGAUUAAUGAGUUUUUGAAAGAGUUGAAGGAUUUACUAAGAGAAUUCCUGUACUUUCUUCAAGCUAAUUCUGUCAAAAGCGCUUGGGCUACUUUGUACUGGACACUAUUUUUUUAUUACAUUCAUUUUCAGAAGCAAUAUUUCAUU